CUGAGAAGCGAUCUACAUAGGCUUUGCAAAAAUGGAUGACGAUCCUUUAUCACACUCACACGUAUGGGCAGAUACGCCUACAUUUGGUAGCAAUUCUUCACUAUCAUCCACUCCCGAAGUACCGGCUCCUGAAACCGAAGAACCAAAACACAUUGAUACUCCCGCUCCCCAAGUUCCAGCCGAGAUCACUCCCCAGCUUUCCCCUCCAUUCCAGAGCUACGUUGGAGUACAUUUUGGGGAUACCGCCAUCAGGGAUCCUGGGUUUACUACCUACUCCAACGCUGCUGAUAAUGCUUCUAUUGUUCCAUGUCCGCCAUCGAUCAAAUCCGAAUCCGAUGAGGAAAGCGACGAUGGUUACUGUUCCCCUAGUCGUCCGCAAAAUGGGGUUCUGACCACUACUGUCAUUGAUGACCCAUUGACACGUAUGGAUAUAGCGGCUGAGACAAAGAUGGGCACCCAUACACGAAGUCUCAAGAGACGGGUGGCACCGGUUGCAUCAGGCACGCCAGCCGAGGCUUCCAGCACUCCUGCAUCACCGACAGCCCCCCCGGUUCGGGAAAGCACUCCAUAUAGCAUACAAUGCUCUGUAACAGACCCACAGAAAAUAAAUCAAGCAAUGGGAGCAUACGUGGUGUAUCAAGUUAAAACACAGACGAAUUCGCCGUUCUUUCGAAACGUGGAGUUCUCGGUCAGCCGGCGGUUUCGAGACUUUCUAUGGCUCUUCAAUCAACUGGCGGAUCGACAUCCUGGGAUAAUAAUACCUCCCGUGCCCGAGAAACAGGCUAUAGGCCGAUUCCGGGAAGAUUUUGUAGAAAAUCGGCGGUCGGCCUUGGAGCAGUUUCUGCGAAAAGUAACAUGUCACCCAAAACUGCAGAGCGACGAAGAUUUAAUAGCAUUUUUGGAGUCGGAAACCUUUUUUGCGGAUAAAAAAAAGGUUGAAUCAAAAGGUUUUAUGGGUGUUUUUGGCGGCGGCUCAGCAAAGAUGGUGGAAAGUGACCAGGAACUGGAGCGACGACGCGUACGUAUCGAUGCAUUUGGACCACAACUUCGCGCCUUGUCGAAAGCGCUGGAGGAGUGGCAGAGGUUGCAAACCGAUCUCGCCAGUGCAACCCAUGAACUGGGUGACAGUAUCCAAUCCCUAGCAAACGUAGAUGUAAAUAAACCGCUUUCGCGUGACCUUACUGUUCUCGGUGACCUCCAUAAGCAAGUCACGGACCUGCGAGAGAAGCAGUCAAAGCACGAUAUAGCCUCUCUUACUACGAAUGUUGAGUACUAUAUACGCGUCGUCGCUUCUGUUGAUCUUGCAUUCAAUAGCCGUGCACGCGCGUACCAAAACUGGCAAUCAAUAGAAAAUGCGCUUCAAAAGAAGCGAGAUACACUUGAGAAGCUGCAUGCUGCAAGAACCACCCGCUCGGAUAAGAUUGCAACGACUAUAUCGGAGAUUGAUGAGUUGGACCAUCAGGCACACGUCACGCAGAACGAGUUUUAUGAUAUAUCAGAAUUGCUGAGAAAGGAGCUGGAAAGAUUCGAUAUGGAGAUGAAUGAUGAUUUUGUGACAUCGAUGCGUGAUUUUUUAGUCUGCUUUGUAGAUUCUCAACGACAGAUUCUUCAAUUAUGGGAGUCAUAUGAUUCCGUAUCCUCAUAUUUGCCAGCAUCUUAAUAACAAUAUAAUUGCACAGAGUACAUGGCAUGGAUCUAAUAGCAUCGUCGUCUGAUAAAGUCGACCUCCUUGCCAUUAUCAAGCCAUUGACUCUACCUAGCAAAACUCACGCAGGCUAAUUUGUUAUAUACUAGCUAUGAUCCUAUUUUGCAAUAUAAUUAGAAGCGUCAGGCACGUUUUGUUCAAUUAUCGCC